AUGGAUGCUCUCACCGGCAGCCCCCUUGGAUGGCUCUGCGCAGGUGUCACCACGCUUCUUGGGGCAACUAUGCUCUUCACAGCCAAGAGAAGCCCGGUGGAGAAAGCAAAUAUGCUGGUCUGGAGCCUCCUGCCUGCCUUGCUGGGGCUGCUGUGCAUGGCCAUGCUGGGUGCUGGUGGAGGGCUGGUGGUGUUUUGUGCCGUGAGCCUCGUCUCCUCUGCGUACCUGGGUGGCAGGGUGCUGCUGCCCGUGGGCAACAAAGCUGUGCUCAUCACAGGAAGCGACACUGGGAUUGGACAUGCGCUGGCUAAAUACCUGGAUAACUUAGGUUUUGUUGUGUUUGCUGGGGUUUUGAAUAAGGAUGGACCUGGAGCUGAGGAGCUGAGACGGACCUGUUCUCGGAGACUCUCUCUCCUGCAGCUGGAUAUAACCAAUGCCACUCAAGUCAAGGAAGCCUAUCUGAAAGUCUCAGAGAAGCUGCAAAAUACAGGGCUCUGGGGAGUCGUGAACAACGCAGGCAUCCUGGGCUUCCCCGCCGAUGGUGAGCUGCUCCCUAUCAGCACGUACAGGCAGUGCAUGGAGGUGAAUUUCUUUGGGGCUGUAGAGGUGUCCAAGACCUUCCUACCGUUACUUCGGAAAUCCCAGGGAAGGCUGGUUAACAUGUCCAGCAUGGCAGGAGGCAUUCCACUACCAAGGUACGCUGCAUACGGUGCAUCAAAAGCAGCUCUGUCCAUGUUUUCUGGAGUAAUGAGACAAGAGCUUUCCAAAUGGGGAAUUAAAGUUGCUGCAAUUCAUCCGUCAGGCUUCCGAACAGGUAUACAGGGCACAUCUGACCUGUGGGAUAAGCAAGAAAAGGAGCUGAUGGAGAACCUUCCAGCAGACACAAAGCAAGACUAUGGUGAGGACUACCUCCUGGGGCUGAAGAGCUACCUCCUGCGCAUGCCUGCAUACUGCGAUGCCAACCUCUCCCCUGUGUUGAGUGCUGUCCUGCACGCUUUGCUGGCCAAGAGACCACACGGCUUGUACACCCCUGGAAAAGGGGCUUAUGUGCCUCUCUGCAUCUUCUGCUACUUUCCUCUCUGGUUCUAUGACUUUUUCAUUAGUAAGAUGCUGAGUACUGAGUCUGUCCCAAGGGUUCUGCGAACAUCAGAAGCUGAAAGCAAGAAUCUCUAA